CUCGAGAAGACGACAGUAAAGACUUCUAAGAGCUUUUAAUCAAGACAAAAAAAGGAAUAGUACAAUUAAAACCCUGUGGAAAUAUUAAUCAGGUGUGCAAGCUCAGGGUAGAGAUUCCUCCGUGAGGUCCUGUAUCUUCGCAAUGCGAAGAUGGCGAAGAUGGUCCCUACCACACGCACCAAAGUGUUCCGCCGCUUCACUCCGGAAUCACUGGCGGAGAUCGAGAAGUUCAUCGAGGAGCAGAAAAUCAGGGAGGAAAGAGAGGAAGUGGAUCUAGAGACCAGGCCAACAGCACCAAGCAGUGACCUGGAGGCAGGGAAGACUCUGCCCAUGAUCUACGGAGAUCCACCAGAGGAGCUGCUAAACACGGCUUUAGAAGACAUCGACCCCUUCUACAAAACACAAAAAACAUUUAUUGUAAUCACCAAAGGCAACACAAUCUACAGGUUUAAUGCAGAACCGUCCUGUUACAUGAUCAGCCCAUUUAAUCUCGUAAGAAGAGCCGCCAUUAGAGUUCUCAUACAUUCGUUAUUUAGCAUGUUCAUCAUGAUCACUAUUCUCUCCAACUGUGUGUUUAUGACGAUGAGCAACCCUCCUGCCUGGAGUAAAAUUGUGGAGUAUGUCUUUACUGGUAUAUAUACCUUUGAGGCAACAACUAAAGUGGUGUCGCGAGGCUUCUGCAUUGGGUCUUUUACAUUCCUUCGUGAUCCAUGGAACUGGCUGGAUUUCAUGGUGAUCAGCAUGGCGUACAUCACUGAGUUUGUUGACCUUGGCAACGUAUCGGCACUUCGGACGUUCCGUGUGCUCAGAGCUCUUAAAACGAUCACUGUUAUUCCUGGCUUAAAGACCAUUGUUGGAGCUCUGAUCCAGUCUGUCAAGAAGAUGGUGGAUGUGAUGAUUCUGACCGUCUUUGCCCUGGCUGUUUUUGCCCUCAUUGGCCUGCAGCUGUUCAUGGGGAAUCUGCGCCACAAGUGUAUACGCUGGCCCAUUUCGAACAGCACGACGGACGACUACAACUCCACCCUAACGGAUGAAUUCAACCCCACUUUCAUCAACACUACUUUUGACUUCACAGCCUAUAUUGAAAAUGAAGAUAACCAGUACUUUCUGGAGGGCAGCUUAGAUGCUUUACUAUGUGGCAACAGUUCUGAUGCUGGAAAGUGUCCGGAAGGGUUCACGUGCAUGAAGGCUGGAAGGAACCCGAAUUACGGUUACACCAGCUACGACACUUUUGGCUGGGCUUUCCUCGCUCUCUUUAGGCUCAUGACUCAGGACUACUGGGAGAACUUAUUUCAACUGACUCUUCGUGCAGCUGGGAAAACCUACAUGAUUUUUUUUGUGGUGGUCAUAUUUCUGGGAUCAUUCUACCUCAUCAACCUAAUCCUGGCAGUAGUUGCCAUGGCGUAUGAUGAACAGAACCAAGCCACAAUUGCUGAAGCCCGGGAAAAAGAGGAAGAAUUUCAGAGAAUGCUGGAGCAGCUUAAGAAUGAAGAGCAACAGUUGCAAGUUGGUAGCAUGGUAUCAUUGGCCAGUCAGAGAACACAAAGCAAUGGGUCAGAAAUAGGGACAGAUGAUGGGGACGAUGUAAUAAAGGACUGUAAUGGCAGGUUUAUUCCUCGUCUGGUGAUCCAUAGAGCCCCAACUUUGAAAAAAUCAGCAUCAGCCGACGAGCAAAACGCUGACAGUAAAUCCAUGUGCUCCCAGCAUAGCAUGAUGCACCUGGAAAACCCUGGGCUCUCUCAGAGAACAGCCAGUGCCAUUAGUGUACGCAGCACAAGGGAAGAGUUGGAGGAGGCCCAGAGGCCUUGUCCUCCAGGCUGGUAUAAGUUUGCGGAUAUAUUUUUGAAGUGGGACUGCUGUGAACCCUGGAUUAUCUUCAAGAAAUGGGUUAAUUUUGUGGUGAUGGAUCCUUUUGUGGACCUUGGCAUUACCAUUUGUAUCGUACUCAAUACACUUUUCAUGGCUAUGGAGCACUAUCCCAUGAGUCCAGGAUUUGAGCAUGUGCUCACUGUUGGCAACUUGGUGUUCACUGGUAUUUUCACUGCUGAAAUGGUGUUCAAGCUCAUUGCCAUGGACCCUUACUACUACUUCCAGGUGGGAUGGAACAUUUUUGACAGCAUCAUCGUCACUCUUAGCCUGGUGGAGUUAGGCCUGGCCAAUGUGCAGGGUCUGUCUGUCCUCAGGUCCUUCCGUUUGCUGCGAGUCUUUAAGCUGGCUAAAUCCUGGCCCACGCUCAACAUGCUGAUCAAAAUCAUUGGUAACUCAGUGGGUGCACUGGGGAACCUGACUUUGGUGCUGGCCAUCAUUGUCUUCAUCUUUGCCGUUGUAGGCAUGCAGCUCUUUGGCAAGAGCUACAAGGAGUGUGUGUGUAAGAUCGCAGAGGACUGCACGCUGCCGCGCUGGCACAUGAACGAUUUUUUCCAUUCGUUCCUCAUCGUCUUCCGCAUCCUGUGUGGCGAAUGGAUUGAAACGAUGUGGGACUGCAUGGAGGUGGCCGGAGCAGGCAUGUGCCUUGUAGUGUUCCUCAUGGUCAUGGUCAUAGGAAACCUAGUGGUGCUGAACCUGUUCCUUGCCUUGCUGCUCAGCUCGUUCAGUGGGGACAAUCUAUCAGCCAGUGAUGAAGAUGGAGAGAUGAACAAUCUCCAGAUCGCAAUCGGCCGCAUCACCAGGGGCGUCAACUGGGUCAAAUCCUUUAUCGUCAGCUUUGUAGGCCGGUUAUUGUGCAGGAAACCUUCCGAGGGCGAUGCAAGAGGAGACGAAUGUGACGAUACAGAUAAAAAGGAAAGCUUUUCAUUAAACAACCUUGAUGAAGGGAAGAUAGCAGAUGGGUUGACCAACUGUCUGGAUGCUCUGUCUCUGAAUGUACCGAUUGCCAAAGCUGAGUCUGAUGAUGAAGAUGAAGAUUCGCAGGCUUCAUCAGAAGAAGAGGGUACACACAAAAAGAAGGGUGUUUUGAAUGAUGGAGACUCUUCAGUGUGUAGCACAGUGGACUACAAACCUCCAGAACCUCCACCUGAGGAAGAGGAGGAAGAGGAACCAGAGCCUGAUGAUCCAGAAGCUUGUUUUACUGAAGACUGUGUGAGACGAUUUCCAUGUCUGACUGUGGACAUCACUCAGGGAAGGGGAAAGAGUUGGUGGAAUCUGCGCAGAGCUUGCUACACCAUAGUGGAGCAUGAUUACUUUGAAACCUUCAUCAUCUUCAUGAUUCUUCUCAGUAGUGGUGCACUGGCCUUUGAGGACAUUUACAUUGAGCGUCGCAGGGUGAUUAAGAUUAUCUUGGAGUAUGCAGACAAGGUCUUCACAUAUAUUUUUGUUAUAGAGAUGUUACUGAAAUGGGUUGCAUAUGGCUUCAAGACUUACUUCACCAAUGCCUGGUGCUGGCUAGAUUUUUUAAUCGUCGAUGUGUCACUUAUCAGUUUAACAGCAAAUUUGUUGGGUUAUUCAGAGCUGGGGCCUAUAAAGUCUCUCAGAACUCUUAGGGCUCUUCGGCCUUUACGUGCCCUAUCCAGAUUUGAAGGAAUGAGGGUGGUAGUCAACGCAUUGGUUGGUGCCAUUCCUUCCAUCAUGAACGUGCUCCUGGUGUGUCUAAUAUUCUGGCUGAUAUUCAGUAUCAUGGGGGUCAACCUGUUUGCUGGAAAAUUCUACCGCUGCAUUAAUACCAGCACAGAAGAACUUGUCCCUAUUGAGCUAGUGAACAACAAGAGUGACUGCAUAGCACUAAUGCUCACUAAUGAAACACGCUGGGUCAAUGUCAAGGUCAACUAUGACAAUGUGGGCUUCGGUUACCUUUCCCUGCUACAAGUGGCCACAUUUAAAGGCUGGAUGGACAUUAUGUAUGCUGCAGUGGAUUCUAGAGAGGUGGAAGAACAGCCAUCAUAUGAGAUUAACAUUUAUAUGUAUCUGUAUUUUGUCAUCUUCAUCAUCUUUGGCUCCUUCUUCACCCUCAACCUUUUCAUUGGUGUCAUCAUUGACAAUUUUAAUCAGCAAAAGCAAAAGUUCGGUGGGGAAGAUCUGUUCAUGACUGAGGAGCAGAAAAAGUACUACAAUGCCAUGAAAAAGCUGGGUUCCAAGAAGCCUGUCAAACCCAUACCUCGCCCUGCGAAUAAGAUCCAGGGCUUGGUCUUUGACCUCAUAUCUCAGCAGUUCUUUGACAUCUUCAUCAUGGUUCUCAUUUGCCUCAACAUGGUUACCAUGAUGAUUGAGACAGAUGACCAAAGUAUGGAGAAAGAAUACGUUCUCUAUCAGAUUAACCUCAUCUUUAUUGUCGUAUUCACCGGGGAGUGCAUCCUCAAAAUGGUGGCGCUGAGACAAUACUUCUUCACUGUUGGAUGGAAUGUGUUUGAUUUCAUCGUUGUCAUCCUUUCUAUAGCUGGUCUCAUGCUGUCAGACAUAAUUGAGAAGUACUUUGUGUCCCCAACGCUGUUCCGUGUCAUCCGUCUGGCUAGAAUUGGCCGUGUGCUGCGUCUUAUCAAAGGGGCGAAAGGAAUCAGGACGCUUUUAUUUGCUCUGAUGAUGUCACUUCCUGCCCUGUUCAACAUCGGCCUGCUUCUCUUCCUCAUCAUGUUUAUCUUUUCCAUUUUUGGCAUGUCUAACUUCGCCUAUGUAAAAAAGGAGGCUGGCGUUGAUGACAUUUUUAACUUUGAGACCUUUGGGAAUAGCAUCCUUUGCCUAUUUGAGAUCACGACUUCAGCUGGUUGGGAUGGGUUACUGCUCCCAAUGUUAAACAGCGGUCCUCCUGACUGUGAUCCUGACAUUGAAAACCCUGGAACAGAGGUGAGGGGCAACUGUGGCAAUGCAGGCAUGGGCAUAAUGUUCUUCUGCAGUUACAUUAUCAUGUCUUUCUUAGUGGUGGUCAACAUGUACAUUGCCAUCAUCCUGGAGAACUUCAAUGUUGCCCAGGAGGAGAGCGGUGACCUGCUAUGUGAGGACGACUUUGAGAUGUUUAAUGAGACUUGGGAAAGGUUUGACACAGAAGGGACGCAGUUUUUGGAUUACAACCACGUGUUUGCCUUUGUCGACGCACUGCAAGAACCUUUGCGUAUUCACAAACCGAACAGAAUCGCUCUGGUCAAUAUGGAUCUGCCGGUCGUAAUUGGCGACAAAAUCCACUGUCUAGAUAUUUUGCUGGCCGUCACCCAACAUGUCCUCGGAGACACUACUGAGAUGGCAGCCAUGAGGGUGAGCAUUGAGGAAAAGUUCAAGAUGAACAACCCAAGUAAGGCCUCCUUUGAGCCCAUCGUCACCACUCUGAGGAGAAAGGAGGAGGAGCAAGCAGCCAUUCGGAUCCAGCAAUCGUACCGUAAACAUCUCCUCAAACGCUCUAUCCGUCACGCAUCCUUCUUGCAUCGGUCCACGAAAAGAAAAGUGAGGCAGCAUGAGGCUGAGGAGCCACCCGAAACAGAGGGUUUGAUAGCACGCAAGAUGAAUGCUCUCUACGGAAGCAAUGCAGAGCUGGCUAUGGCUUUGGAGCAUAAGUCUAGGCCUACGCCAGUCAAACCCGCUUCAUCUGGUCUCACAGUGCCAGUAAACCACCAGCGGGCCCAAGGCCGACAGAGAGUAGUGCCAGUAGAAGUAACGAAUGAAGUAAUUCUCCGUUCUGCACCCACAACUACACAGGACUCUUCGAGGCGAGAGGUGGCCACAGCAAAAGAAUCCAAAUUAUAGUAGAGAGACGUGUUAACCUUUUUUACGCAGAGGGCGAUGUGUUAAACCGGAGUAUCACCUGCACAAAAAGAAAUCAUACUGAUGCUCUAAAACACACAUCAA